AUUGAUUGAUUGAUUGAUUUCAUAGGCCCUACCAUAUUAAGGUGUAAAAAUUGACUCUCCUUCUCUGUACUUGGUUAGGUAGAGGUAAGCCUGUGUGUAUAGUUCAGUGUGAGAAAUAUCUGGUAAAAUGUGAUAUUCUUGAGAAGUGCAUGGCCUUGUGUUUAAACAAAGGUCCGUCGUCUUAAUUCUAGGAGGGCUACGUCACACAUUUAGGUAAUUGUGUGGCUCCGGCACUCUGCAUCACCUUUUAUUAGCAGCAGAUGUCGCUCUGUACCCUAGGUUGAGCGCGCGGCGAACUGGCUGAACAACCGAGGUGAUGCGAGCGCGUGUCUAGCGGGUGAUGCUGGGAUGGUACAUGCCACGGUAUAGCCUCGCGCUUUCUCGCCUGCUCAGUGCACACCGCAGUGAUACUGUCUUGUGUUGUGCCUCCCGCUCGAUUUCAGCCAUCCAGCGGAUGCCUCAUCUCUCCUCCAGCACACACUGCAAAUGGUUCACAUCCGUCUGUUGCCGCUCUUGGGAAUGAGAAGACUAUUUUUUUCUCACUAAAUCACGGAUUGAAGGCAGGGUGUCCAGGAGAAGAACAUCGUUCGCCAGGACGUUAUUGUAAUUGGAGUAAUGCCAGUUCCCGAGCAGCCAUCCGACGCUGAAAAGUCCGCCCCACCGAACCCCGUUCUGUCCGCCUCCAACGGCGACGGCUCUGAGAAAGAGACCACCUCCGCCAUCUUGGCCUCAGUCAAAGAGCAGGAGCUGCAGUUUGAGCGGCUGACUCGCGAGCUGGAGGCGGAGAGGCAGAUCGUGGCCACACAACUGGAGAGAUGCAAACUGGGAACUGAGACCGCAGGCAUGAGCAACAUCAGUUCAUCAGAUGAGCAGUAUCGCUGGAACACUGAAGAUGGACAGGAAGACAUCGAGGAAGAGCUGAGCACUGGCCUGGAGCUGGUCGACUCGUGCAUCAGGUCUCUCCAGGAGUCGGGGAUUCUCGACCACCAGGAAUACACCAGUGGCGAAAGCGCAGGACCGAGCUUUCUCUCCCAGAGCUCGCUCCAGCUCAACGCUACUCCGGACGCCGCCGCACUCCACUUCUCUGCAGGCUACCAUAGUAACCAGACCCUCGCCCUGAGCAGCGACACCUCGGCGGCGGCAACUGCCUCAGCAUCAGGACCGACUCCAGAUCAGCAGCAGCAGAGGCAGCCACCAGUUCCGCCGAUUCGCAGCGUGCAGGUUGGAGGAGCCGUUCACAGCUACAACCAGGUCACCUCCAACCGUGCCGCCCAGCUCGCCGCCGCCGGCGACUCGGCCCAGGCCCGCGAGUCGGCAUCUCCGAGCCAUGGCAGCGCGUUCCACCUGCCGGAGUCCCAGCAGCCUUCGGUGGGCCUGUACUACUCCAGCAGCACCCUGCCGGCGCAGCGCGUGAGCUCCCCGCUCUCCAUGCAGGCCGUGGGCUCGUCCUCGCCCACCAAGCUCCAGCUGCAGCAGCGCCUGGGCUCUGUGUCGGACGCCGCCGCCGCGCCCAGCUACGCCACCAUCCAGCGCGCCCCGCCGUCCUCCACCACCUCCUCCUCCUCCUCGCCCAAGCAGUCGCCGGCGCGCCUGGCAAAGUCCUACAGCUCCAGCUCGCCCAUCAACGCCGGCCACCACCACCACCACUCGUCCCCCUCGCCGCUGCGCGUGGCCUCGCCGCCCAACAGCGUGGGAGGAGCGGGCGGCGGAGGGGGAGGGGGAUCCUCGUCCUCGCCCAUCCACCAGCUCAGCGCGGGAGUGGCCAGCUACGCCACGCUCUCGCCCACCAAGCGCUCGCUGCACUCCUCGGACCAGUACAAGAUCUCGCACGAACUCUACGCCACCGCCACCCUCCAGAGGCCCGGCAGUCUCGCUGGCUCUAGGGGCUCCUACAGCAGUCAGCACAGCCACCUGGGACCUGACCUUCGACCCCUACAGUCCCCAGAGCACCACAUCGAGCCCAUCUACGAGGACCGUGUCUACCAGAAGGGGCCGAUGAGGAGCCUCAGUCAAAGUCAGGGGGAGCCACUCCCUCCUGGACACACAGGAACCUACCGCACCAACACCGCCCCGUCCUCCCCCGGUGUUGACUCCGCUCCCUUGCAGCGCACGGCCAGCCAGAACGCCACGGGCACAUACCCGCGCAGCGCCAACUACGCCGCCGGGCCCGCCACCGCCAACUACGGCGACCCCUACCGCACCCUGCAGUACUGCUCGUCCGUGGAGUCGCCCUACAGCAAGUCGGGCCCCGCCCUGCCGCCCGAGGGCUCCCUCGCCCGCUCUCCUUCCAUCGACAGCAUCCAGAAGGACCCCAGGGAGUUUGGCUGGCGAGACCCAGAGCUGCCUGAGGUCAUUCAGAUGCUCCAGCACCAAUUCCCAUCGGUCCAGUCCAACGCUGCAGCCUACCUGCAGCACCUGUGCUUUGGAGACAACAAGAUCAAAGCAGAGAUCCGACGGCUGGGCGGUAUCCAGCUGCUGGUGGACCUACUGGACCACCGGAUGCCUGAGGUCCACCGAAGCGCCUGCGGUGCUCUGAGGAACCUGGUCUACGGCAAGGCCAAUGAUGACAACAAGAUCGCUUUCAAGAACUGCGGAGGCAUCCCUGCCCUGGUGCGACUGCUGCGGAAGACCUCCGACGUGGAGGUCAAAGAGCUGGUCACAGGCGUGCUGUGGAACCUGUCCUCAUGCGACGCCCUGAAGAUGCCCAUUAUCCAGGACGCGCUGGCAGUCCUUACCAACUCGGUCAUCAUCCCCCACUCAGCCUGGGACGCCUCCCCGCACCAGGAGGACCGCAAGCUGCAGCUGCACACCUCACAGGUGCUGCGCAACGCCACCGGCUGCCUGAGGAACGUGAGCUCAGCAGGGGAAGAGGCUCGUCGGCGGAUGCGCGAGUGCGAGGGCCUGACGGACGCGCUGCUCUUCGUCAUCCAGACCUCUCUGGGCAGCACCGAGAUCGACAGCAAGACCAUAGAGAAUUGUGUGUGCAUCUUGAGGAACCUCUCGUAUCGGCUGGCUGCGGAAACCUCUCAGGGACAGCAGAUCGGCACGGACGAGCUCGACGGCCUGCUCUGCGGCGACUCCAACGGCAAGGACGGCGAGAGCUCGGGCUGCUGGGGCAAGAAGAAGAAGAAAAAGAAGCCCCAGGAUCAGUGGGAUGGUGUGGGUCCCAUGCCGGACGCGGCGGACCCCCCCAAAGGGAUCCAGAUGCUGUGGCACCCCUCUAUAGUGAAGCCCUACCUCACGCUGCUGUCUGAGUGCUCCAACCCAGACACGCUGGAGGGGGCGGCCGGAGCGCUGCAGAACCUGGCAGCGGGCAGCUGGAAGUGGUCAGUGUACAUCCGUGCGGCGGUGAGGAAGGAGAAGGGUCUUCCCAUCCUGGUGGAGCUGCUGCGCAUCGACAACGACCGAGUGGUGUGCGCCGUAGCGACAGCUUUAAGAAACAUGGCCUUAGAUGUGAGAAAUAAAGAAUUAAUUGGCAAGUAUGCCAUGCGGGACCUGGUCCAUCGCUUACCAGGCAGCACCAGCAACAGCUCCAGUGGUGGUGGUGGUGGUGGUGGGGGCGGCGGGGGCACGGGUGGCAGCAGCGGUGGAGGGGGCACUGCCAACAGCAGUGGGAGUAAAACCAUGUCGGACGACACGGUGACAGCCAUCUGCUGUGCACUGCACGAAGUCAUCACGAAGAACAUGGAGAACGCCAAAGCACUGCGCGACGCAGGCGGCAUUGAGAAGCUCAUCGGCAUAGCUCGCAGCAAAGGAGACAAGCACUCGCCAAAGGUGGUGAAAGCUGCAUCACAGGUUCUCAGUAGCAUGUGGCAGUACAGGGAUCUGCGGAGUCUCUACAAAAAGGAUGGCUACUCACAGUAUCAUUUUGUGGGCUCUGCCUCCACCAUCGAGCGAGACAGGCAGCGGCCGUACUCUUCCUCACGCACCCCCUCCGUCUCGCCCGUGCGAACGUCUCCCAACAAUCGAUCGGCCAGUGCCCCCGCCUCGCCCCGGGAGAUGGUGAGCCUCAAGGAGCGCAAGACCGACUACGAGUCCACUGGCACCAACGCCAGUUACCAUGGAAACAAAGGCGAGCACACAUCCAGGAAAGACGCCAUGGCAGUGCAAAUCUCCUGUGGAACUUCCACGCUGUACCAGAACGCCUACACAGCUUCUAAUGAAGAGCUCAAACACAACCAGGUUACCGCUGCGCAACCUGCCCCUCAGGAGAGCGUUGUCCGCAAGGACUACGAGACGCUCCCGCCCUUCCAAAACUCCACGCGGAGCUUUGAGGAGGCGUUCCUGGAGGACCAGGUGCACCGUGCCGCACCUGCCGCGGAUCUCAGUAUGCACCUGGGCCUCAAGUCGACCGGGAAUUAUGUGGACUUCUACUCUGCCGCCCGGCCCUAUAGCGAACUCAACUAUGAGACGAGUCACUACCCAGCCUCGCCAGACUCCUGGGUCUAGGGUCUUGGGAGGUUGUGUGUGGGUUUUGUGUGUAUGUGUAUGUUAGUGUGUUUGUGUGGCCAGGGUCGGGGAAUGGUUGUUGGGUGUUUGCGGGUGAGAGAUGCUGAGCACAGGACCAAUCGACUGGUCUUGACAGGUGGGGAAGGGAGGGGGGGUGGCUGACUGUGCAUGUGCAUGCCACAAAACAUUGUUUGUUGAGUUCAGUUUGUUCAAAGCUGGUUUUCCUGGAGUUUGGGCUUCAAGCCACAGUUUAGAAGUCAAGUGAUAUCAGUGAGUCUAGAUGUGCAUGAAGGCAAAUCGAGAUUUUCAGGAGAGGUGGGAAAGACAUGAGCAGAUGAGACAUAAGAAAAGGCACUUAGUAUGAGAGUAGAGUCAUGAGGACAUCUGUUGACGUAGUGAAGAUAAAGAGAGAAUGACGUGAUGGUAGUACUGCAGCGGAAAAAGUGAGACGAAGCACAAGAAAAUGAGUUGUUUACAAGAUUGGUGGGAACAGCUUUUCACCGUUUCUUUCUUUUUUUUGUACACCAUUCCUUUGAGAGGUGAAAUAAGGCUUCAUCUUAAACUGAUGGAAUGUCAAUCUGUACAAGAAGGUUCUUCCCCAAGCCUUUUUGCUCUAUAUUUUUGUCUUUUUAAUUUUUGAUUUGUACUUUUUUAAUUUGUUGAUGUAAAGUAUUUGGUGUACAUUGCAGAGAUACAAGUGCAUUGUGUAUAUUACACGGAUGCCACGGUCAUCCAGUGGCUUUGGACAUUGUUUAUGGUACAAAAGUAAAGAAAAAAAAGACUUCAAAAUAUGUAUCAAUCAUCAAUGUCCCCUUUCCAGACAAAAGUAUGUUUUAACAGCAAGAAGGACAUGCAUAGCAGUAUUGUUUGUUCUGAUAAUGUGAGUUUGUGGCAACUAAACAAAUGUUUGAAGCAGUUCAGAGACAGUUCAAACAGCAUCAUUCCACCCUCUUUGUUAAUGAAGUGCUUUUUCACUGCCUAAAAAAUUAGAUGUAGAUAUUUGAAAUAGAUCCUAUUGAUUUUCACUUAUAUCAGAUCUUUUUUUUCCUUUCUCUAUCAAAUGAUAGUCUUAAAAGAUAAUAAAUACAAAUGUUGGUCAUCCAUAUUGGCAUAAAAAAACUCUCUGUUCCACUAGUAUCUCAGUUUUUACGUGCUUACACAAGACAAUGACUGACAUUGUGCCAAUUUUUUUUAAACAUCUGGAUGAGGACUUUGGAAAGUUGUCGAGGCCAGCUGACGUUUCCUUUCCACAACUAGGUAUAACCUCUGCACACUGUCACUUAUUUUAUUUGUUUUAAAAUUGUGUUUUAAUGCUAAGUAACAGUAUGUCUACGCAAACAAAAGGAGAAAAAAAGACAAUAACCAGGAGGGCAAAAUCUUUAAGAGCUCGAUUCCCUCUGAAAGAUGUACAAAUCUGUCUCUUGUUGUUAGUAAGUGUGUGCUGUAUGUUGAACCGUUUUGGAAGAGGUGUCCUUCCCAACAGCCGACUUCUACUGUUUGAUUUUCCAUGACAAAAACAAAGUGAGGUAUUAGACUGCAAUGUUAAUAGAAAAUGAGAAUUAUAUAUAUAAAUACAUGCAAAUAUAAAUAUACAAAUAUAUAUACAAAAUUAUACAUAUAUAAUUUUUAUGUGCAGAUGUCAGUGUCACCAAAAGCAAAUGAGAAGAAGUAAAAAGAGACUUGUGUAAAUGCACUCUGUUUAUCUCAAUCAUUCCAAGCGGGAAUAGAAAACCAACACUUGAAGAUGUUGACCUCCUGGGUUGAGCUGUGCUGCUUUUUUUGUUGAGCUUCAUAGAUAAUCACUCUGGAUUUGGACUGUUCUGAUGCCAGGACAAUAAAUAAUUCUCAGAAAUCUGCAUAGCUGUUCUGAACUGAUUGCCAUCAUACAGAAAAAAAUGUGAGAAUCAACACAACAUGUAUUGUAAAUCUGAACUACAGAUAUGGGUCACACUUGUAAGAGGAUGUGUUACACUUGAUAUUGUCAACAGAGGUAAUGGUGUUGGGGUUAAUUGCCUCACACUUUUUAUGUCUACAGUGUACCACCAUUGGAAUCGAUCCAAAAGAAACAUUUGUGAGUUAAUGGUAAGCUUAAUGAUUAUAUGCUUUGGCAGUGGCUUGGCACAGAAUGUGUAUAGCUAAAGAGCCUUUUGAAAUGCUAUGUUUUUCAUGAUAACUCAUUAUCAUGAAUCGUCACUUAUGUCAUGUUUUUACUUACAUCACUUAUUUUGUCUUUAAACAUCCAAACAUCACAUCUGAAAAUAUAGCAUAUGGUCAUAUGCUAAAUGUUCUAGCUAUUUGUUGCAGGAUUGAUCAACCUGAUUCCAUCGUUUGAAUGGUCCACUGUUUUUAUCUUGUUUCUGGUUGGAUGAAAUAAAGAGGGUAACCUGUAGAUAUACACA